AAUUGAUCUGUUUCCUCUUUGCUCGCAGCUUAAUUUGUUAAGGUUAGCAGACAGCCAGACACCCAUGGCGUCUUCGUCCAUGGCGCGUGUCGUCCCCCUUCUCCUGCUGCUCCUCCUCGUCGUGUGGCCGUGCCCCGCCGCGUCGGCCGGCCGGAACGACGACCCGCCGGGCGCGUCCUGCUACAAGCGGCUGUUCAGCCUGGGCGACUCCAUCACCGACGCCGGUAACCUCGCCAGCGUGGCCCCCAACACCUCCGUCCUAGCGUUCCCCUACGGCGAGACCUUCUUCCGCCGCCCCACCGGCCGCUUCUGCGACGGCAGGCUCAUCGUCGACUUCAUCGCGGAGGCGUUGAAGCUGCCGUUCCUGACCCCGUUCCUCGCCGGGAAGACGGCGGCGGACUUCCGGCAGGGGGCGAACUUCGCAGUGUCCGGCGCGACGGCGCUGAGCCAGCAGUUCUUUAAAGACAUGGGUCUUGACCUGGCCAUCCUGCCGCCCUUCUCGCUGGACGUGCAGCUCGAGUGGUUCAAGCGCGUGCUCCACUUGCUCGGCCCUACUGAGAAAGAGCGCCAGGACAUCAUGUCGAGCUCGCUGUUCCUGUUAGGGGAGAUCGGGAUCAACGACUACAACCACCCCUUCUUCCAGAACCGGUCCUUCGUCGACGAGAUCAGGCCCCUGGUCCCAAAAGUUAUCGAAAAGAUCGAAAACGCCACCAAGGUGCUGUUCGGGCUUGGAGCGAAGACGAUCGUGGUCCCCGGGACGAUCCCCGUGGGGUGCAUGCCUCGGUACCUGACCAUGUUCCAGAGCGACAACCCCGGCGACUACGACGCCGCCGGGUGCAUCCGGUGGCUCAACGACUUCGCCGAGGAGCACAACCGCGCGCUCCGGCGCAUGCUGGGGCAGCUCCGCCCCCGCGACGACCACCCGGGGGUCGCCGUCGUCUACGCCGACUACUACGGCGCCAUCCUGGAGAUCACCCGCAACCCUCUCAAGCACGGGUUCAGGAAGGAUGUCGCGUUGACGGCGUGCUGCGGCGACGGAGGCCCCCACAACUCCGGCACGCUCAUCGCCUGCAACGCCACGUCGGUCCUGUGCCCGGACCCGUCCAGGCACAUCUCGUGGGACGGCGUGCACCUCACCGAAGCGGCCUACCAGUUCGUGGCGGGGGGCGUGCUCGACGGCCCGUACGCAGCGCCGCCCAUCCUGUCCAAAUGCAGAUGCUGAUCAUCAUCAGCUGCAGCCCGCAGAACGGCUUGGUCUCAUUGUCUGCGUGCGUGAUUGUGAAAUGGGCCCGGCCAAAUAAAAAACAAUGUACUCCAAAAAAACUUUAUUUG